CCCCUUCACAUUUCAUUCAUUGAAAAGUUAUCGUACAGUUCGGACGUCACUUUAUCCGUGACAAAAGUGCUCUAAUUGAUCAAACUAGUGAAAAAAGGAACUUUCCACUUUAAAUAAUGGCACGUACCAAGCAAACAGCUCGCAAAUCGACGGGUGGUAAAGCGCCCCGUAAACAAUUGGCCACCAAGGCGGCUCGUAAAUCAGCGCCAUCCACUGGUGGAGUUAAGAAGCCUCAUCGCUAUCGCCCUGGUACCGUGGCAUUGAGAGAAAUUCGUCGCUACCAAAAGUCUACGGAACUUCUCAUCCGCAAGUUGCCUUUCCAGCGAUUAGUGCGUGAAAUUGCACAAGAUUUCAAGACCGAUUUGCGUUUUCAGUCGGCGGCUAUCGGCGCAUUGCAGGAAGCAUCUGAAGCCUAUUUGGUUGGUCUGUUCGAAGACACCAAUUUGUGCGCCAUUCAUGCCAAACGUGUUACUAUUAUGCCCAAGGACAUUCAAUUGGCCAGACGCAUCCGUGGCGAGCGCGCCUAAAUGGCAUGGUCGCCAUCUUUAAUUAGAAAAGCGUCGCAGUUGCUGUCGCUGCUAACAACAAAGACAACGUCGACGUCGCUGUUGAACGCAUCUGCUGCGGCUGUUUACAAACAACAAAGGCGUCGACGUCGGCGUCGCAGCUGCUGUGUCUGCUUAGCCUUAAGUUUCAUAAGAUUUAUUAUACUUAAAAUAUAAGUAAUUCAUAAUUCGUAAUUUGUCGCAUGCAAAAUUUGUCGCUCCAAUAAAAAUACAUUUUUGUUUUCUGUGUAAAACUUAGAUCCAAAUGAAAAAA